AUGAGCGAACGAGUGACGCGCUCGAGGACGGGCAAGACGCCUAGCAAGCCCUCCAACCCCGGUUUCGUCGAAACACCAGGACGCAGGAAGUCGUCGCGCAAGUCGAUGAUGCCCUCAAACCCCUACGAUUCCGAGCACACGAGUCCGCAGCUGUCUUCUGUACGUAUGGGCGAGCCAUUGGCCAAAUUGGAGUUCGAAAAGGAGGGUCCCAACAAGGUGCUGAGCAACGGCAAUGGGUAUGCGAAUGGGCAUGCGAAUGGGCAUGCGAAUGGGUAUGCCAAUGGACACGCAAACGGAGAGGCAAACGGACACACGAACGGAUACGCGAACGGACAUGCCAAUGGCAACGGAAAUGGGCACGCUAAUGGCAACGGCAAACUCAACGGCCAUGCUAAAUCUGCGGAAACUGCCCUCGAGGACCCUAAGAUCGAUACGUCUGGCCAGUUUGAGUUUGGCGGUUCAUGGGGCACUGGAGCUGCCAUGAUCGGGUUUCCGUCUCUCAUGUACUACAUGUGGGUCGGAGCGACGUACUACGAUGGGAAGUUUCCUACGCCGGUUGGCGACGAGAGCAUCACAGACUUCCUAUACCACAUGGGGUAUCUAGUCAAGACAGGAGCAUUUCCCCAUGCUAAGGCAUGGGCUAUCUACUGGGUCUACUUCAUCGCGGAAGCCAUCUUUUACCUCGUUAUGCCAGGUAUCUGGGUCAAGGGGAAGCCACUUCCUCACCUUGGGGGCAAACAGCUGGACUACUAUUGCUCGGGCAUGUGGUCCUGGUACUCCACCAUUGCUAUCGCUCUCGCUCUUCAUUAUAGCGGGCUCUUCAAGUUAUACACUGUGAUCGACGAGUUUGGACCUAUUCUCUCUGUGGCCAUCAUUUCUGGCUUUGGAAUGUCUAUUGUCGCUUACUUUUCUGCCAUAUGGAGAGGCGCAACCCAUCGUAUGACCGGCUAUCCUAUAUACGACUUCUUCAUGGGCGCCGAGCUCAACCCCCGCAUGUUUGGAAUUCUUGACUUCAAGAUGUUCUUCGAGGUCCGCAUCCCGUGGUACAUCCUCUUCCUGCUCACACUUGGCACCGCCAUGCGACAGGUCGAGAACUACGGCUUCGUUUCUGGCGAAGUCUGCCUUCUUCUCUUAGCCCACUUCUUGUACGCGAACGCUUGCGCGAAGGCCGAGCACUUGAUUGUGCCUACUUGGGAUAUGUACUACGAGAAAUGGGGCUUCAUGCUAAUCUUCUGGAACCUCGCUGGGGUACCGCUCUCCUACUGCCAUUGCACUCUGUACCUCGCCAACCACCCUCCCUCGGAGUAUCACUGGCCGACCUGGGCCAUCGCCGCGUACGCUGUGCUCUACCUUGGCGUUUACUACGUCUGGGACACCUGCAACAGCCAGAAGAACGUAUUCCGCCAGGAAGAGGCCGGCUACAUCUUCGAGCGCAAGACAUUCCCCUACUUCCGCUAUGGCCGCAUUGCAAACCCGGUAACGAUCCCUACGAAAUUCGGUAAUUCGCUGUUCUGCGAUGGCUGGUAUGGCAAAGCGAGGAAGGUCCACUAUACAUGCGAUCUCUUCUUCGCGCUUAGUUGGGGUCUUGUCUGCGGGUUCAAGAGCCCGUUUCCUUGGUUUUAUCCGACAUUCUUCUUCUUCAUGAUCUCGCAUCGCGCGUGGAGGGAUCUGGAGAAGUGCCAAGAGAGGUACGGGGAGGCGUGGAACGAGUACAGGCGGAGAGUGCCGUACAUUUUCAUUCCGUAUGUCUUCUAG